AUGGAGGAGGCAGACUUGUAUUCUGCUUUGACCACAUUGCGUGAGGAAGGUUGUGGGGCAACAUCACCAGCUCACAUGUUGGAGAGUUUACAUUUUCUUCAUGCCAUUGCAAGAUUUUUGCAUAUGGAUUUGGAGCUGGUGAUCUCUGCUAGAUGCAAGGGUGUUGCUCAUUCAUGCUUUGAGUCAAAGGCGCCGUUGGAGCAGCGUGACCCGCUGACAUGCUUCCAGGUGCGGCGACUUGAAGAAGCAAUGGUGAGAGCUGGCCCGGUUGGUCAAUGUAUCUUGGGACAGAUUUUAUUUUGCGUGCAUGCCGUUUGUCGCUGGAAGGAUUCCCAGAAACUAAAACUUUUGGAGCUGCUGGGCACGGGAGAGAGCCAGAUUCUGUUUGGGGAUGCUCUGGGAAGCAAGACGUCUUUGAGCAAGGAGGCCAAAACAAAAUUCACACCAUACGCGGCGCUGGUGCAGGGGCUUACUGAAUGCUCUUGGGCGCGCUUGUGGAUUGAAGCCAGACGCCAGUGUAGGCUCACGUUCGGUGCUGGACCGGAUGGCUUUUGCCUUCCUACAAGGUCUCAGCGACUGGAUCAGUGGGGCUCCACGCCUAUGGGAGCUGGUGAGGCGUCUUCCUACUUAGCGGAGAUUUUGGAAGGCUCUGAAUCGGAGGGACAAGUUCUGGGAACACAUUCUUUGAAGGUCACCCUGCUUACGUGGGCUUCUCGAUCAACAGUGGUGCGCCUGAGCAAAGGAGAACGUCUCCUGUUGGGUCACCAUAUUGUACCGGGGGUCAAAAGUAUGGUGACUUAUAGCCGCGAGGCUUAUACGAGUUUGAUCGGCAAGCUUUUAGCUCUUUACCGCUCGAUCCGAAGCGGAGCUUUUCAGCCAGAUCUCGCGCCUGCAGACAGAGUGCUACAAGUUGCUGACGCCUUGGCCGCGGCUGAGGAAGGUCAAGGCCUGGCAGGAGCGCGGGAUGAGGCGGCCGCAGAGCAGUUGGCUGGGUUUGAGGGCGAGUCGGAGGACUCGGCAGAUGAUGCUGAGGCCGACGGGCCCUUUGAGCUUCCAGGCCAACCUGCAGUGAGAGCAUUGCGCAUUGCCUUCGGGAUUCAAGCUUCUUUUACUGUGGUCGUUUGUGCACUUCGAGAUACUCCAGAUAUUCUGGAGUUGGGACUGAAGAUCCCGAUGUAUGCAUGCAAUGUACGAGAGCCAUGA